GAUGUUUUUUUUAUAAACGUUGUAAACAAACUAAAUAAAAUAUAAGAAAAAUGUCAUCUAAGGACGCAAGCUCUAUUACAGAUGCACCUGCAAAAGUAGUUUUUAAAAAAUCCUCUCGUAAAAACCUACGACAGCGUAAGAAUUCCGACGACGAGGACAAGGAAGAACAGCCCACUCUGGAAGAGAUAAAGGAGCGUCAACGUUUGCGACAGCGUCCCAAUGGCGUGAGUCUUGUGGGACUUGCUCUUGGCAAGAAAGUAGGACCAGAAGAGGAGCUGGCCAUUAAAGAUCCAUUCAAUGUGAAAUCAGGCGGCUUGGUUAAUAUGCAAUCAUUGAAAUCUGGAAAAAUUAAAGAGGUCGAAGAUGCCUACGACGUGGGCAUUGGCACACAGUUUUCAGCUGAGACCAACAAACGAGAUGAAGAUGAGGAAAUGAUGAAGUACAUUGAGCAAGAGCUGCAGAAGCGGAAAGGAUGCGGCGCUGAUGAUAAGACGACAGACAAUGACGAAGGUGACGCACACAAGUAUCUAACACCCGAAGAUGCGGCGCUCUACGCACUGCCCGAUCACUUGCGACAAUCGUCAUCGCACAGAUCCGAGGAAAUGUUGUCGAACCAAAUGCUGAACGGAAUACCCGAAGUGGAUCUAGGCAUACAUGCCAAAAUACGAAACAUUGAGGCAACAGAAGAUGCCAAGCAAAAGUUAUUGCAAGACGCCAAGAACAAAAAGGAUGGACCCUCGCAGUUUGUGCCUACAAACAUGGCUGUCAAUUUUAUGCAGCAUAAUCGAUUUAACAUUGAAGAUAACAGCGACAAGCGGAGAAAAAGACGUGAGGAGCAAGAGAGCAACAACAAAGCUGCACAUGCUCACACAAAUCCGAAUGGAGUCAAACGUGCAACAGAUGAUUAUCAUUAUGAUAAAUUUAGAAAACAAUUUCGCAGAUACUAAAUACCUAGCAAAUAAAAAGUCAA